CUGAUUAGCUGAUUCAUGAUGUUCGGAAUUCGGAUUGGGAGUGAAUGAUGUUGAUACUGGUCAGUGUUUUCAAGGCAGACGACAUAAUACAAAAUAUAGAUUUUGGAUGGAAUCAUUCUUUUUCGUACACGCCAUCGUAUUGUUACGUUUGAACUGGGUUUUUAGGUUUCCUAUUUUUCCUACCAACUACUGAAGCCCAGCUGUUAUCAUUAGACUUACUAUCAUUGAUUGUUGGAACAGGCAAGUUUGAGACACAUACGGAUGGAGAAGAAGAUGAUUGAUUAUUAUCAUUUAACUGAUCAUGCAUAUUAUAGAUCAAGUCACUAUUGUUAUUGUCCUGAUCGGGUGCUGUGUCAGGAUAAGGAACUAAACAAACGAACAGCCUCUCCACUAAUGUUAUGACAGAUGCUGAACGAAAUUAAUCGAGCGAGCUUGUUCCUAUUGAAGCUGAUGCGUUCUCGCGACCGCUUGUCCAGGGAAAUGACAAUCUCGCUGCGAGACGCUCUGGUGGCCGUAAUGGUGACCCGCUACCACAACCACUGGUUCCCACUGUCGCCGCACCGUGGCUCUGCCUACCGAUGCAUCCGCGUCAACCAGCACAGUGAUCCUGUGAUCACGGCCGUCGCUCACAUCACCGGACUCAGUGCCAAACUCAUUCGCAGCUGGCUUCCACUAGAGUUCACCAUGUGGGUGGACCCGAAUGAGGUCAGCUACCGCAUCGGCGAGAAUGGAAGUGUAAUGGCUGUGUUCGUGCCCGACAUCGAGGAUAUCCAGGGCUUCAUUCCCGACCCCAUCCCUAAACUGGAAACAAGCUUGGACGUGUUGGACAGAUGUAAGAAAUUAAUCGAUGCUCAAAGUUUGGCUGCUCAGUUCCUCAUGGUGGCCCAAUCAUCAUCUGCUUAAUUUUUUGAUCUCUAUUAUUAUUUUGAUGAAAGCCUAAGUGAUCUUAUUGUUAAGUAUUUUUACUGUGAUCUUCAACCUUGCUAAUGGGUCUUGUGUUUUGAGGUUUUCAUAGCUACUUUUCUUCAGUUCUAAUUUUAGUAUUCUGACAAUACCAUCAUGAACGAUAAUCGGCUCUUUACUUUGAAUCUUACUUUUCAUUUAUGUCUUAUUUUAGUUUCCUGACUAAUAUAAACAAACAUUAUUUUUACAUGGUUUUCUUUCAUUCUCAAUUUUGAAGUAGUUCAUUUUUUAUUUCAGUUUUCUGACAAAUUAUCAGCAAUAAAUUAGAUAUUCACAUUGAUUUUCUUAAUUUUGUUUUUGAACUAGUGUGUAUUUCAUGGCUUAAUACCUCUGACCAGCUUGUAAUUAUUAUCAGCCAAUUUAGCCCUUGAGCCGUUGUAAUCUACAGCUACCCUGAGGUAUUUAGUCAUGAAAUACAUAAUACUACUUCAUGAUUCAUUUUAGUUUUCUGCUUGUUACAAUUAUUGUUUCUAAUAGCCUAUCGUUUUCUUAUUAUUUCAGUCUUUUUAUUCUUGACUUCGAUUUUGAGCUGGUUCAUGUAUUCUUAUUUUUUAUUAUUACCAACUAAACUAUUAUUUGUUCGAUGAAUAUUAUUAUUAAGUAAAAUUUUUUUUCUCCAUUUAAUACAAAAUAUCUGUUCAGAUUACUUAUGAAUUAUGAUAUUUUACCGUUCACUGUUGAAAAGAGAAUAUAUGUGAUUUAAAACUUCAGAAAAGUGUCGAAACAAUAAAACAAAGACAAGUGAAAUAUGUCAUAUUCUAUCAAUUAUUCAAUCUAAAAAAAAAAUAAUAAUUUCUGUAUAGUUUCAAGUACACUUUAUGAUGGAAAAUGUAAUUACUGAAUUAUCUAAUAAUCUAUAUUAUGGACCCAUUCAAUGCCGAAUUUCUACAUUCAACAUGCUCGGCUCUAUACACAAUUUUAGAUAUGAAACUGAAAUCUUUUAUGAAUUGCUAAAAUGUAAUAUUUUAUCUCUUCUCUUUCAUUUAAGAUUCGCAUUUCAAUUUUUCUCUCUUACAGUAAUCCAGUUUAUAUUCAAGUAAAUGCAUUGAAAAAUUAUUUCCGUAUAAGUAAUAUUUAAUUUAUUUGGCCAUGCAAUUUGAAACUAAUAGUGCAAUAAAAAAUUGCGGUUUAUACUAUCUUAUUGAAAAACAGAGGAAUUAAAGUUUUGAUUUUUAACUUUCUGUCGCAAAAUUUCUAAAACAACAAAGAUUUAAAUUAUUAUUAUUAUUAUCCUGUAUAGGAUGGGGUAAAUUAUUCAACGGUUUACGAAAAAAUAGUGUUCACUAUAAAGAUUUCAGACAUCGCUGAAAUUAAUCUUUCCAUCAGUUUCAUUUUAUUUUCUAAAAAACAAGUUGUCUUUCUGGUAUCUUACCGUUAAUUUAAAAACAUAUUUAUGAUUUAUCAUAAUUAGUAUCUGUUUCUUUGCAAUCACAUAUUUUCUCUUGAAUCUACUACUGCAGGUAACUACUUCUAUUGAAUAACUUUAUUUUAUUCUAUAAAUAUUCUAUUGAUUAACAGGGAACUACUUCUACUUCUUUUGCAGCACUUCAUUAUGAUUAUAAAAUCCAUCUAUUACACUGGGAUCUAAUGUCAUAAAUAGACAUUUUUAGAAAAGCAAGUAUAAGAGUCAGUCGAGUUUUCAAAAAAAUGAUAUUUUUAUUUCAUUAAGAAGCCAUAUUAUGGAAACCUGUUACAUUAGACUUAUAAGAAGAACUAUUAUUUUUCAUGAUAAAGACUGGAUUAGCAUUCAGGUCGAUAGACGGAGUACAAAUGAAAAUAUUUUGUGUAACUGUGAUUGGAAAUGUCUUUGUAAUUCAGUGUAGCUUAGUGUCACAUUGUGAUUUUAUAUUAUAAAAAUGAGUAGACAUUUCGUAGCUUAUUCAAUGUAAAUAGUGAUGAUGUUAAAGGUACACAAUUUUUUGUACUAGAAGGUUGUUGUUACAGAGAGAAGACUUACUAAUUUAAGUAGUUAUUAUAGAAUGUCUUUCUAUGAUACGUUUUGCAGCUUCUGACUAUUCUCAAACAAAAAAAAAUUUGAUGCUUCUAGUGUGAAAGAUUGCAUUUAAAAAAUUCUAUAUUUUAUGAAAGAUUGCAUUUAAAAAAUUCUAUAUUUUAUGAAAUGAAUUUACAUUUUAUACAGAAUCAAAAAAUUUUAAGUCUUGAAAAUUCAGGGUGCUUGAUAUUUUCAGUUGAUUUAGUAUACAGCAACAUUUUUCACGUGCCUUUGAAACCGGUUAAAAUGUUUUUAAAUAGAAAUUACACAGUAUUAUUGUGGCCUUGGAUUAGACUGAACGUUUUCUUGCAUCCAGCCAAUUAAAAUCCCAUAAAUAUGUGUCGGAAAAUUGUGAUUUUUACACAUGACUUGUAAUUUUUUAAAGUUUUAGGGACUCAACCUUUCAAUUAUUUUUUUUCGUAUUUUGGUCUGUUGUAAGAAUGAAUACGUUUUGAAUUAUGUUACCUGAAAUAUUGAAUCAUUCAAGCAUGUAUUCAGUUGUAAAUGUUUUAUUGUAUAUUCAGUCGAUAUGAUUAUAUUUCUUUUCAUUGGUGUAAUUUCAUUUCACUUAUUAAUAUAAUAUAUUCAUGUGAGCCAUGAAUUUAUCUUAAUAUUCUAAGUCAAUUGCAUUGGUUCUCCUGUAGCUCAAGUGAGUGUGAUGAGGUUCAAAUUUCAAUUAAUUUAAUUCAAAGGAAACAAAUAUUAUUUGAUUCAAUCAUUUAUAUGAUUUUUUUUUAUUAAACUUCAAACUCUUAAUACUGUAGUUUUAGAAAAUUGCGUACUCUGAAAAGUGCUUACCUUGUUUUGAAAUAAUAUCAUUUAUUAUUCGGAGAUGGCAUUGUUAGAAAGACAACUUCCAAAUAGUACAGCACAAGUGUACUUUCAAAUAUUACACCAAAGAAAACUGUAUUUCUAAUUUCUUGCCUCUGCAACAAUAAAUCACUUCGAUCAAAAUUACAAUUAUCUCAGUUUCAAAUUAAUUUCUGGACUUGUUUCUUGUCACUCAUGUCUUGUUUCUUUUUUAAUGUUGGUCAACUACUAGAACGACUUGUAUUAUAUUUGUAGAAAUAUUGCAGAUUGUAAUCAAUACUUGAGUUACAGGGAGCCUUGUAAUAUAUUUUAUGUUGUUUAUUAAAAGUUUAUCAAUAUGUACAGAAAAAAUUCAAAUAUGACUUAUUGUAUCUCCAAAGAAAUUUUAUAAUUCUGUAUAAGAUGGUGAGCUACUCACUGGAAAUAUUUGUUUAUUUGAAGAUCAAUUGCUUCUGUUCGCGUUGAAAUUGGCUUUAUUUAAAAAUAGAUACGCUUCAUUCAUCAUUUCAAAUUGAUUGAUAGAGUGUUCUAGUUUUGUAAUCUUCAUGAUGUAUUUAUAGAUAUUUAAUGUCAUAAAUUUUAUAUUUGUAUAUGAAAGAUCAAUGAUGCUUAUAAUUUUACCAUUAUAAACAUUAAAACAGACAAAAAUGUGUGAAAUCGAACUCUUUGAGAUUGAUUGCUGUUAGUUAAGUACAAGGAACUUGUCUUAACUAUUAAAAAAAGUGAUAUUCGUAAUUUUUUAAACUUAUAAAAAAUUGAGUAUAUUUUCAGGUGAUUUUCAUGCUUUAAUAGGUUUAUAAUAACAUAUAGAGUGAACCAUUCAAGUGAGAAUUAAAUACACCUUACGAGCUAGAAUUCUGUAACUUCGUGGCUUUAUUGUAAUUGGUUUUUUGGUAUCAAAACCCUUGCUUGGAUAUUGAAUGGACACUUACUGUCCUUUUAGUACUAUUAGUAAACCGUUGUAUAUUAUGACUCACGAAUUGAAAUUUUUAACCUAGAAUAUGUAUGUUAUAAUGUAAUAUUUUAUCCUAUUAAGGUUUUAUAAGUUCAAUAGCUCAUCCAUGAAGUUUCAGGAUUCAAUCUCGUUGGUUCCUAAUUUGAGGAGGAAUUUAUGAAUCAUAUAUCAAAGUUACGGCUUGUAAAGCCAUCCUGAAAAUGCAUAUCCAAUAAUUUGAAUGAACUCUUUAAAUGUUCCACGACCUCAUUUUUCUUACGUGUAAUAUCUUUGUUAACUUCAUUAUUAAUCAGUUCUACUAACCACUUGAGUUUGGAAAAAUAAUUUCGCCUUAAAUAUAUGUACAAAAUAUUCCAUUAUGUUGUUAAAUUGAAUUGGGAAUACGGUUCUUUUGUUGAUUAUUCUUUUCACCAUCUCUAUGUAUCAAGUGUCGAAAAUGCGACUCUUCAAAUAAAAUACAAUACCAUCUCGUGAAACAUUUAUAGAAUGCAUUCAUAUUUUUUAUUACAUUCAUAAUAUUUUUCAAAAUUAAUACUUUGAUGCCCAUCGAUAGAUUUUUAUGUUGAAUUCAAAAAUGAAGAUUUAUAUUGGAAUUUCCGAUUCUGUUACUAGUCCAUCCCGGCAUUAAUAAGUUACCCAUACCUUAAUAUUAUGAUUGGGAUGAUGCUAUUUAUUACGAAAGUACCUGUAAAAAUUCUCAACCUGAUUGUACUUCGAAACAAGAAUUAAUUUCAACAAUUAUUAAUGAUAUCACAUUUUUGCCCUGGAAUAUUUCAUAUUUUUCCGUUCUUAAUCACAUCAAUUGGAGUUUUCCUUUAUGAAUAUCCUAUUAUUAUACUAAGUAAUUUUCUACGUUUGUAAUAAAGAAUAAUUGUUCAUUGAAAGCAUAAA